AGGUAGUAGAUGGUUGGUUUACAAACGGUCAAUUUACCUACGUAAAAAAACGACAUAUGCGCUCAAUUUCGUGUAAUUUGGUUCGGGGCUCGAUCUUCAAAUAGUUUUUACUCAAUUAUAGUGUGGAUUACACCUAUUAUCGUUGUUGAAUACGUUAAAUUGCUUUCGCUUACUUUUGAUUAACGUUAUUAACUGUUCAAACUGUUUCUCCCACACCGUUUAUCGAAUUCACACCUGCGUUUCGGGCUAGUGAUAGUGGACUGAUCGGAUUUUAGUGGUUUUAGUGAACUCUAGUGCUGUUUUGGACACGAUACUUUUUUCAAGACGACUCCAAACUUCGGCAAAGUGGAUAACAAACCCUUCACGACGUUGAACUUCACAGACCUAGGUUCCCCAUUCGGGGGCCCCAACGAAGACCCACCGGGGACACCAUCAAUGUCGGGGGAAGGCCACAUCGGGCCCCCGACGCCCCACGAGUCGAACAAUUCCACCCCCGUGUCGAAAAGUGCUUUUAUCGAACUGCAACAGCACGGGUACGGACCCUUGAGGUCCUAUCAGCAUCACUUCAACUCGCCGGCGGGAAAUGCCCAUUCGGGGCCGACGGGAGGGCAUGACACUGGGUUUCCUAGCCCCAGGAGCGCCUUGGGGUCCUACCCCUUUCCUCCUAUGCAGCACAAUUCGUACACCGGCUAUCAUUUAGGAUCUUACGCUUCGAAUUGUCCGCCUUCUCCGAAAGAUGAUGAUAAGUGUUUGUCCCUCGAACGACCAUCGGGAGGGGGCAAAGGCAAGAAAAUGCGAAAACCGCGGACCAUAUACUCCAGUCUCCAGUUGCAGCAACUAAAUCGGCGAUUUCAGAGGACGCAGUACCUGGCACUGCCAGAAAGGGCUGAACUAGCGGCCAGUUUGGGCCUGACGCAGACUCAGGUGAAGAUAUGGUUUCAAAAUCGAAGAAGUAAAUACAAGAAGAUGAUGAAGGCAGCACAAGUACCGGGGGGUACCAACAACAACGGUACUCCCAGCGGUCAUUCGGGUCUACUAGGUGCUAAUCCAAAUAUGCCUUCAACCAGUCCUGGACCUCAAGGCCAGAAUAUGAUGCAAGGUAGGAUCAAAUUGGAAGGCGGCGGCUCGUCGAGCGGCUCCCCGGCGACAGGGGGAUACAUGCAACAUUCGUCGCCCACCCCCAGCUCCACCCCCGGAUCGGACAUGUCGGGCCAGCCGGCCGCCAGUCCCGGCGGCGCGGGCGGGGGUUGGGGAGACAUCAAACCCCAUCAGCAAGCGAUUCACCCGCCUCCGCAUCCCGCGCCGCACCCUCAUCCCCCGCCUCACAACUACCUCCCGCAGUACUCGUGGUACCCGACGGAAAAUCCCGGCCUACUCACGGUAUGGCCAGCGGUUUAACAAAACAGACAAAGUGAUUAGUUACUAAUUGAAAAGCUAAGGAAAACUCUUAUAACAAGGAUGAACAUUGACCAGUGAAUAUGUGUAUAUGUUACAUUUUUAUUGUUGAUAAGUUAAUUGUUUUGAAUUCACAUCCCCUGUAUAAAACUGGUGUUUAGAUCUCAAGAUGAGACGCAAAAUUUCCACUUUUUCUACGAAACUGGAAAUUUUGCUAGAGUUGACGGAAUAUGGUGCAAUAUAAUUUCUGAUUGCUUGUGAGAGUAUAAAUCAGUAAGGUAUCGAAAUUGGACACAUCUUUGUAAAUAACUUUCAAAUAUUUUUGGUGUGUUGGAAAGUACCUUGCUGGUUUAUAAUCAGUCCAACCCUGGAAAAGAGAACAUGUAAAAUAGAGAUACGUACUAACUGGUUUUGUUGGAGCUACAAAAGUUUAGUUGUGAUUAAAAGGUGUUUAGUUACCUCUACAAAACAUUUACUAAAAAUAACAACUACUUUUCUGUUGGAGUUACAGAACAACAAACAGUUGAUGACGAUGUUUUGUGGAGGUGAUUUUUGAUACAUUUGCUGAUACAGCACCAAGCUUGGAGAAACACUUAUGAAAAUAAUUUAUACACAUCGUUUUUGGAUGGAAGUUGAUUCGCCAAGGGUGUCAUAUCGCCGAUGCGUUUUGUUAUAUAUUGUAAAAUAGUUUGCUGGAGAAGGAAAUUUUGUAAAAAGCUUUGAUCUUGCCACGUUGGCAAACUUGAAAAAGUUUUUAGUGAUUCCUGUAUGAUAUAAUUAUAAAUAAAACCACUAGUUGAAGAUUGUAAGGUGUGUGUUGAGACAGAUGAUGUACCUUAUUUGUAAAGUAGUUCUAAUCGAAAACUGUCUUAAUUUAGAAGGAAAAAUUAUAAUUAUUAAAUGAAAGAAUAUUUCUAAAUGUGUAAAAUAUAUAUGAUAACAAACUUUUA